ACACCCCCACAUACUGACAAGCUCUGCCCCCUGUGAAAUUCCUGACUGCCAGGGUGAUUCCUCCGGUUACUAAGGGCUGCUUCCUACUGUAGCCUACCGUGUGCUCUGGGGGAAACUAUUUUACAACCUCUGGAUGAAUUAUCAACUCCGCGGAAUGAUAUCUCCACCGAUAAAGGCUCGUGCAGUCAUCAACAGCUGGUUUAUUGACUGACUGCUCAGGAUCAGCUCAUGGUGGUUGCUUAGUAACAGAAGCGCCAAAAAUGCAACAGGUGGGUUUAAAUCCGGUGACACUCAGGAAUGUUGAUUGAAUUCCUCUGAAUUAACGGCCCUCGUUUGCUCAGUCAUCGACAGCAACACAGCGAGCAUGUGACCCUGGCGAGACUUCCACCACUGUGGCGUGUUUUCAUGUUCCCCUCGUGUCCCGGCACGUCUCAUGACCGCCGCCGUGACAGAGCUGCCUUCUCUGGAGAGUGCUGCAUUUGUGUAAUCCAACACCAAGGCACAACCAAGGGUCCCCCACUCUGCGUAGUAAUGACAACAUGUUCAGGUUGAUGUUUCCUCACCGGGCGCCCCCUGGGUCGCUUUCAAGCCUGACUGCCGACAGCUCGCCACCCCUGUCAGCCUCCUGAGCGAGCAAAUUGAGCGCCCCUGGCUCGACAUCAGCGAGCACUGCGUCUGCCAGCGGUCCAGCCGAGCAGCCUCCGUGUUGCCCCGAGCCCAGCCUGCCUGGGCGGGACUGCGUCAGGAUGGAUACAGAGUCGACCUACUCGGGGUAUUCCUACUACUCGGGACGCUCCCGGGGAUCCCACAGGCAUGGGGAGCGAAGCAGAGACCGCCACAAAUCCCGGAGCAAAGACAGCCGCUCAGAAAAGUCUGUAACAAUAAACACGCCGCCUGCGGAGCCGCUGCUGGGCGACUCGGCUGUUCGGGGUGAGCAGGUCCAGGAUGACAACUGGGGCGAGACCACCACGGCCGUCACGGGCACAUCAGAGCACAGCCUCUCUCAGGAGGACAUCGUCCGCAUCACCAAGGACCUGGAGGACAGCGUGGGCCUGGAUUGCCGCCGCUACUUCACCCUGACCCUUGCCGUCAUCCUGGGCCUGUUGGUGUUCCUGACGCCGCUGGCCUUCCUCGUCCUCCCGCACCUCCUCUGGCCGGAGAAGCUGCAGAACUGCGGCACGGCCUGCGAGGGCCUCUUCAUCUCCGUGGCCUUCAAGCUGCUCAUACUGCUGCUGGCCGUGUGGGCACUGUUCUUCAGGACGCCGAGGGCCGGACUCCCGCGGGUGUUUGUGUUCCGGGCGCUGCUGGCCGUGCUGGUGGUGCUCUUUGUGCUUUCUUAUUGGCUGUUUUAUGGAGUCAGAAUACUGGACUCACAGGACGAGAACUACCAAGGCAUCGUGCAGUACGCCGUGUCCCUGGUGGACGCUCUGCUCUUCAUCCACUACCUGGCCAUCGUCCUGCUGGAGCUCCGGCAGCUGCAGCCGUGCUUCUCCGUGUGCGUGACGCGCUCCACGGACGGAGAGAUCAGGCACUACAACCUGGGGCAGCUCAGCAUCCAGCGAGCAGCUCUGGCCAUCUUAGAGCAUUACUACUGCGACUUCCCGGUCCACAAUCCCGCGCUGCUUUCGGCCUCAAAGUCCAGAGCAGCAAAACACUUGGCCGGCCUUAAGGUCUACAACGUGGAUGGUGAGUUCCCAGCAUCCCCGGCUGAGGGUCCUGGGAACAAUGCAACAGCAGGGAUGGCCCACUCCCAGUCCAGAGCUAUGAUUGCAGCCGCUGCACGCCGCAGAGACACGAGUCAUAAUGAGCUGUACUACGAGGAGGCGGAGCAUGAGAGGCGUGUUCGCAAACGCAAAGCGAGGCUCGUGGUGGCAGUGGAGGAGGCGUUCACACAUAUCAAACGCAUGCAGGAGGAGGAGCAGAAGAAAGCUCCAGGGGACGUGAUGGACCCACGAGAGGCCGCACAGGCCAUCUUCCCCUCCAUGGCCCGGGCCUUACAGAAGUACCUGAGGACCACCAAGCAGCAGCACUGCCAUAGCAUGGAGAGCAUCCAGCAGCACCUGGCCUUCUGUAUCACCAACAACAUGACCCCAAAGGCGUUCCUGGAGAGCUACCUGGCCCCGGGCCCCACCCUUCAGUACAGCCGCGACCACUGGCUGUCCCGUCAGUGGACGCUCAUCAGCGAGAUGUCCGUCACAAGCGGCCUGAAGGACGGUGCCAUCUUCGUGCUGAAGUGCGUGGACUUCAGCCUGGUGGUGACGACCAAGCGGAUCCCGUACAUCCAGAUGUCCGAGGAAUACAUCGACCCCAAAUCACACAAGUUUGUUCUGCGGUUACAGUCCGAGACCUCCGUGUAGGACUCUGAACUUUCUUUCUUUUUUAAACUCCUCACACUGCUUCGUUGAUCUCAAAUGUUUUCAUUUUGGGUUUGCAGAUUUUAUUUCUUUUUCUGAAUUUUUAUAUAUUAUAUAUGAAUCUAUAUACAACACACAUGUUUGAAUAUAAUGAUCUGUUUAUGUUUGUUUUGGAAAGAAAAAGAACUAAGGCAGUUAACUUGGAUGUCUUGGGCGCUGUUGUGUGUGUGUGUGUGUGAGUGUAUGUUUGUAUGCAUGUGUCAACACAAUCACUCGUUUCCUCUCUCUCUGAGACACUGCAGCCAAACAUGAUGGGAACAUUUGACCAUUCUGGAUCUUUACAGAGACUUUGUCAUCACUCUUUUGAUUCUCAUGGAACAGACAGACAAACCACUGAGGACUCAUGGUGGAUCUUUAUGUUUGACGCCUUUUGGAGACACAUGUUGCCAUCUCUUCUGCAACAUUUGCAAGUACUGGGAUAGUCUCUUGGAUGUUCUCUCCUCCUUGAAACCAAAUUUAAAGCAUUUGAUGAAAAGAAACAACUUCAAUCAGACUUUGCAUCAAAUGCACGUUUAUUACUGUUUAUAAAAAGAAAGAAAACGCCUAGAAAGGAUGGAUCAAAGGAUAUGCAACAGCAGAUACAGGAUCUAGGACUAGCCUGCCUACAGCUGGACACAGCAGCACAAAAGCCCCCCUGAGUGCUAAUCCAACCCACCAAAGUCAAGAUGCUGUGACCUGUCUCUGCGAGCGAUUCCUUCUCCAGGUGCAAUGGAGCAAAAUCCCAAAUAUUUCCACUCCAGUUGGAAACAACACACACAUGCCGUAUUAAACACAGGGUCUGAACUCUGAAUGAACCGGAUCAUGAGAGCCGCUCAGAGGUGGACACAUGCCCUCAAACAUGCGCCGACUCAGUGACCUUCUCAGGGCUUUCAUGUCUGCAGCAUCUGCCCGGCAUGAUAAGACGGGGAGGCAGGGAGGAGGAGGAGGAGCAGCAUGAGGAAUAAAAAGUACUACUGAUCGCUUCUGUGAGGUGCUAAGAAAAUAAGAAGAAUACUGUAAAUUCUCAAAUACAGGCUUAUACUUGGCAGUUAAACCUCCAGAAGUGACAAAGACAACAGUUUAGAUAUUCUGCAACUGCCAUGCUUUAAUUUGAGGAUUUACAGUAUUUAAAUGUAUGUCUCACAGGGUUUGCUUGUGUCCCCAGAAUACACACCAGAUACGAACAAAUCCACAGUGUUUAUCAAAGGUGAGAGCUGCAGCAGGGUGGAACCUCCUUCCCAACUGGACCGUCUGGUUUGCCUUCACCUUGUUUUCUCGCUGCUGUUGUCUGGCAGACGUGUGCGCUCACGGGGGAAUCCCUUGAGAUCAGCCACUUCACUAGAGGAUUACUUUCACUAAAUGAAUCAGCCUGUUUUAAAGCAGCUAGGAAACACAGUUACAUGAAGCUAAAGGCGCUAAGAAGACACCUUAAGAUCAUGUUCGUGUCCUUCACUUGAGAAAGUCAGUGAAGUGACUCUGUUUAGAUCAGAAACUGAGCUGAUCUGAGAAAAAAAAUGAGUCAUGCUUUUGAAAAUCUUUGUUUCUCUGAGCAGAGUUGUCCCCUACUGCCCCCUGGCUGCUAAAUUUAACAUUGUUUUUAGCUUGCCUACAGGUAGCAGGCACAGUUUCCCCUAAAAAAGGGAAUAUUCUGCUCAUUUAAGCAAAAACAGCAGUUUUACACUGUAAACUUCUAGCCGUUAAAACACCUGGAUAAAUCAAGAAAAUGACACUCAAGUUUUUAAAUUUUUUUGAAACACCUGUCACCGCUGGUCAUAUUUUAUACCUGCUGACAGAUGAACUUUGUAUGACCCCGAUGUGACUGUGCCUCCUGUUUUUACACUGUAUCUAUUUAUGUAAACAAGCAUGUUUGUAUGUAUGUGAGUACGUAUGUGUGAAUGUAUGUUUGCCAUUCCAGUUCACAUGACCAGCCUUCUCCACUCCCCUCCACAUCAUCACCAUCUGUCACACCCUCGCCAGGUCACAGUCCUCUGUUCCAGUUUGAUUUGUGUCGGACAGCUUUCACCAAGGUGAUGUGACAUUGCAAUGCAAGACAUGUUUCAGUUUCACGGCAUAAGCAUUUGUAAAAAAUGAAAAUAAACAUUUUUAUGAACAUUUGUAAAAAA